UUAGCACAACGAUACAGUUUGCUCAUGCUAAACAGUAAACCCUUACGAUACGUUACUUCAUAAACAGAAUAUUCAUAGUUGUGAUGCAUUAAACGGCUUUAAAAAACUGCUAGUGUUGUCUAAGCUAGGCCAUGUUUGUACUGUAACGUCUAACUGCUCUGCAAGUGAAACUAUGGAGAACGACCCAAAAUGUAAACAGUGUUGUUAAACAUCUUUUGGCAUUAAUCUGAUACUUCUGGGGACCUACACAACCGGGAUUCAUGUCGCUUACUAAACCGUUUCAUCUGGAAUUUCAGAAUGAACGGCGCGCAGCAAAAUGAUCUGAAAAGGCAAAACCUGUUAGAGAGACUUCUUGAUGCAGUUAAACAGUGCCAAAUUCGCUUUGGUGGCAGGAAGGAGAUUGCCUCGGAUUCUGAUAGCAGAGUCAUAUGCCUGUGUGCCCAGUUUGAAGCGGUACUUCAACAUGGCUUGAGGAAAAGCCGCGGUUUAGCCCUCACAGCAGCUGCCAUUAAACAUGCUGCUGGAUUUAGCAGUAAAACUGAAGCAGAGCUGACGUUCUGGUUUUAUGUGAAGGAGCACCUCAACCGUCAUGAGUUGCAGCGCUUCUACUCUAUGCAGAAUAUCACAUCUGAGCAGGGCCGGGGCCGGGCAUGGCUUCGUUGUGCCCUGAACGAACACUCGCUCGAGCGCUAUCUUCACAUGGUUCUGGCAGACCAUGCACGCCUUAGUGCCUUCUAUGAAGACUGGGCUUUUGUCCUGGAUGAGGAGAGAGCCAGUAUGUUGCCCACCAUGGCUGCAGGGCUCAAUUCCAUAUUGUUUGCCAUCAACAUCGACAACACGGACCUAAAUGGCCUGGACCGCGGAGGGUCGUCUGUGUCCCACUUGCUUAAGGAGUCCACACAGGGCAUGAGCAGUUUGUGGAAAGAGUCUACUCAAGGUGUCAGCACUCUUCUGCGGGAAAUCGGUACCGCCACUGCGGUGGUUCCUGGUUUCAUCCCUCGCUCGUAUGCUCCAUCAGACCCACUGCCUAUCCUGCCCCGCAGCACUUCUGCAGAUUCCGGCUUAAGAAAAGAGCGCAGACGUAAAAAGAAGAUCACAAACAUCAUCUCCUUUGAUGAUGACUUGGACGCGGGUGCGGAAGAUGAGGACGAGGCUGGUGAGGACGUUGUGAGGAGCCUCAGGAAGAGUACGGUGGGUCAUGUGAGUUCUGAGGAGGCUCUGGACCCUCCGGACUCCACCUCUCCUGUUCAUAACGGCCUGACUGAGCCUGGGAUUGUGAGCUGGGCUGAAACACCCCCGCAGAACGGAGUAUUGCCUGAUACCAAGAGCAUUGACAAUGAUGAGGAGGAAGAGGACGAUAUUUAUGGAAAGAGCAGGUCAGAGCCCCCAGAAGAGGGUCAUGGGAAUGGGGAGCAGAUGGUUGUGGGGAGUUUAUCCAGUGUUUCCACAUGGAGUCCAAGGCAAAUCAUCACUGACAAUGACAGCUCGCACAUUCUCAUACCUCUGGCCCCCAGUGAGCCCUACACACAACAAGUUGGCAGUUCAGUUGAGACUGUCGAAUUUCAUGGACAGAAGGAGAGCUCGAGCCCACCAGCUGACAGUGAAAAACAAAGCCAACUCCAGUUUAGCAUGGAGUCAGACUUACCAGCACAGAUUGCGCCUGUGACCAGUGUUUUGCCGACCCCUGGCCUUCCCGAAUCCAUGACAGUUGCUGAACUGCGGCAAGCCAUUGUGGCCAUGAUGAACAGAAAAGAUGAACUCACUGAGCAGAACACGUCUCUGCGCAAUCUCCUGGAUGGAGAGAUGGAGCACUCUGCUGGGCUCAGGCAGGAGGUGGACAGCUUGAAGAAGAGACUGGCUGAACUAGAGGAGAGACAUGCAGCCAAAGCCCAAGCACUCAUGAGAGAAAACGAAGUUCUGAAGGUCCAGCUGAAGAAGUAUGUUGGAGCUGUCCAAAUGCUGAAAAGAGAAGGCAGCCAAGGCAAUGACGCAUUAACCAUUCAAAGGAAUUGUGACGGUCCCCUUUCAGCCCCACAAAAUCGGUCUGUAGCUGAUAUAGAGGAACUGGCUGCCAACUAUGAGCGUAAACUCAUUGAGGUGGCUGAGAUGCACGGAGAGCUGAUAGAGUUUAACGAGAGGCUGUACCGCUCCCUCAUGGCCAAAGACAACCUGAUUGGACAGAUGAGACAGGAACUCAUCGACCUGCGCGGACCGGUGCCAGGGGACCUGAGCCAGACCUCUGACGAUCCCAGCCUUUCUGACUUCGAGACAACACAACGUGCCCUUAUCAACGUGUGGAUCCCCUCUGUGUUCCUUCAAGGUCGGGCUGCCAACGCCUAUCAUGUAUAUCAGGUAUAAUUAGAAU